CGCCGCAAAUGGAGCUGUCGCUGUUUUGUGUCGGGCUAGCUUAGCUGCGUACAUGCAUUAUGUAGUCGAACAGGAAGAGGAAUAACAUCAUUGACUUUAUAGAGUUUCCACCCAAGAUACCAAAUAGAAAAUCCUCUAGAGUAAUUUGUAGUUUUAGGUCUUUAUUGUAGUGCGUAACUAUAGGUAAAUACAGGUUUAGCUAGCUACCAUGCUAUUGUAGCAGUGUAGCAUUUAGUUCCUUAGCUAGCUAGCUAGCUAGUCGCCCUGAGAAAAAAAAACAAACAAAAAAACUACACUUGGAAUAUAACAUGGCAGAAUCGUCUCCUUUAUCAGGGGUUAAUGUCGUACUCGUCAUGGCUUAUGGAAGCUUGGUGUUUGUGCUGCUGUUCAUCUUUGUCAAAAGGCAAAUCAUGCGUUUUGCAAUGAGAUCCCGCCGUGGACCCCAUGCACCUAUUGGACACAAUGCACCUAAGGGUCUGAGGGAGGAGAUUGACUCGCGACUGUCCAAGGUUCAGGAGAUUCGCUUUGAACCCCGUCUCCUGUCGGAAGAAGACGACAGGCUGAAGCACGAAUCACAGAUUAGUUGCUACAACUACCUGUACAGAAUGAAAGCUUUGGAUGCCAUCCGUGACUCAGGAAUUCCUCUACAGGAGAUAAGUUGCAGUCCCAGCGCAUUUACCGGACGAAAUUUUAGGAAUUGGCUGCUGGAGCUUCGUAACUCUCACUCUCUGAUUAAGAGCAGCCAUAGUGCACUCAUUGACCGUUUGCUUGAAGGCUACGACAGCGCUCGCCAUGGAACAGGGGUGUUUGGGGAAGCUGAAUUUCUUGAGUACCAACAAGCCCUGAGUGAACUGGCUGAUGUCGUGAAGGCCUAUUCCAGCACCACCAGCCUCGACCAGCACCACCAGUCUGCAGCCAAGGACCUGACCGGUUCCCCUGUGCGCAGUACUCCCUCCACCAUACAAGUCACCUACCUGCCCUCGACUGGACAACGCAGCAAGAGGCCCAAACACUUCCUGGAACUUAAAAGUUUCAAAGACAACUACAACACACUGGAGAGCACCCUGUGAGAGACUGCAGGGGAACUGAACAGGACUGGAACUGCAUUAAAACAUUCAGACUUAAAGGAACAUUGUACACAUCGAACCACUGUCCUCUUCAUUUUUCAACAUGUUUAACAAAAAUGUAAGGAAAGACAUUUCAUAGCAGUUGUAAAAAUGUCGCAGUCAUGGUGUUCUCCACUUAUUUCCCUUGCAGCCUUCAUUCUUAUUUUGGACCUGAAGAGCGUAGCGUGAAGACAAAUAUGAUUGUAGCCCUCCUGGCAAAUGUUAAAUAACAAUGUAAUUUUUAUAAGAAAUGCAAAAUAGAUGGCAAAGUCCGUUUAGUUUUUAUUUUACCUAAAAGUCCAAAUGUAAAUAUGAAUGUACCAUGUUUCAUUGUGUCUUUUGUAUAUAUAUUUAUAUGAAAUAUGGCAAUUUAUUUAAUUGAUAUUGUGUGGUUUGUAUUUAUGUGAAAUUGUACAGUUUUGUGGUUUGACAAAAAAAAAAAACCUUUCAAUCC